AUUGGUCACCUCCCGAAUGGUUCUUCCAAGCAGAGUCUGGCUUUUGUGAAGGACAAACCAAUUCUGUUUCUUGGUCAGACCUAAUCCGAAACUGUUUUUUUGGAACAUGUGAGCCCGUUCUCUUCGUCGGUCCAUCCUUUGUCCACGGGUUGAGAGAAGAGCUCUUGGUGUGCGUGUGUGUUGUCCAUCUGUUAGUGUGUGCGCCACCUUUGGUUGGUUGGUUCCUUGGUUGCUGUGGGAUGAUCAUCAAACCUUAUUCGGCCAUGUUAGAGAGAAACAGAGCCUAUACCCUCCUCUCCAGCGAGGAUGUUGCCAAGGGCAGAACCACCCAUUGGUCUGAGGUAGAGAUCUCAGGGACGAUCCGGAAUCUGAGUCCCUCCUUAUGGAAACUUACUCACCUGACUGCGCUUUACCUGAAUGACAAUGCCCUCUACCGCUUACCCAGCCAGAUCUCCAAACUGGUCCAUCUCAGACGGCUGGACCUGUCCCAUAACAAACUGAGGAGCCUACCAGCGGAGAUUGGUGACUUGGUUGAAUUACAAGAACUAAUGCUCAACAAUAACUUCCUCCGAAACCUUCCCUUCGAGCUCGGGAAAUUGUUCAGACUAAUGCUCUUGGGGCUUAAGGGCAAUCAGCUGAAUCCGGAUAUCAUGUCUAUCUACUCCGAACCAAAUGGAACGCGUAAACUCUUGGAAUACAUGCUCGACAGCUUGCAUGUAACGACUCAACCACCCCCGCCCAGGCCAUGGAUCAACGUGGAAGAACUGGAUCGAUCUCGACCCGUAGCUCUUUUCACGGUGAUGUGCUACAACGUGCUUUGCGAUCGAUACGCAACGCGUCAAAUGUACGGCUAUUGUCCCAAUUGGGCCCUUAAUUGGGAAUACCGUAAGAAGGGUAUCCUCGAUGAAGUCCGGCACUAUGGAGCUGAUAUUAUCACGUUACAAGAGGUGGAGACGGAGCAGUAUCAUAAUUUCUUUCUACCCGAAUUAAAACGUGAUGGUUAUGAGGGCAUCUUCUCGCCCAAAUCCCGAGCCAAAACCAUGACUGACAGCGAGAAGAAGCAUGUCGACGGAUGUGCCAUUUUCUGGCGGACCUCAAAGUUUAAUUUGGUGAAGGAGCAUUUGGUGGAGUUCAAUCAAGUUGCCAUGGAGAACGCAGAGGGCAGUGACGCCAUGUUGAAUCGAGUCAUGACCAAGGACAACAUUGCCAUGGCCGCACUCCUAGAAACGAAGGAGGCGUGCUGGGAGAACGGUCUCCCCGCGGAGCCCGGGCAAGCCUUACUGGUGGCCACGGCUCACAUCCAUUGGGACCCCGAGUUCUGCGACGUCAAACUCAUCCAGACCAUGAUGCUCUGCCAACAGUUGCAGAACAUCGUGAGCGAAGUGGGCGCCACGUCCCGGCCUGGGAACCGCUUUCAGUCGUCGGGCGUACAGUUGCUCUUAUGUGGAGAUUUCAACUCCUUACCUGAAUCCGGAGUUGUCGAGUAUUUGGAGAAGGGCCUGAUCAGUGCGGAUCAUACAGAUUUCAAAGAGCUCAAGUACAAAACCACACUCGAAAAAAUGCUCUCCCAUUCAACUAACGCUCAGUCCUACACCCACGGGUUCAAGCUUGCCUCGGUCUUCAAUACGGAUAUCAUGCCCUACACCAACUAUACUUACGACUUCAAGGGCAUGAUUGACUACAUCUUCUACGCGAGAGACACCAUGAAGCCCCUGGGCUACUUGGGACCCAUCUCUGAAGAGUGGUUGAGAGAGAAUAAAGUGGUUGGGUGCCCACAUCCUCACAUAACAUCAGAUCACUUCUCGCUCCUAGUGGAAUUGAGUAUGAGUAUUCGGAAUGGUCCCACCUCCAGUAGCGUGAGUUCUUCCAACCGGUAAAGCAGAGCCCACCAACCCAUCCGGAUUGACACUUGUGUUUUGGUGAGGUCACCAAACAUAUCCGACAAACAAGCCCCAUACAUACUGCAACAACCUUCACAACUCUACCACAGCUCCAACACCUAUUGCAAGACCAGAGCUGCAACAACCUCCAUUUACCUGAGACCAUGAUUUUCGAUUAUCUGUAUCUCUGUGCACAAAUUCUGCAAGAAAAAAAAAGCAUAUUUUUCCCCCCGCCCAAUCUGCAAUCUCCAACCUCCUCUGUCCCUGGUUUUGUUUCGGCUGAAAUCGACGCGAGAUGUGGGAUGAAUCCAAAGAAUCUCGCUUACUCUCGCCCUAUUUUUCCAAGAGUCCCAAAGUGAACUUGACCCUGUCUCUCUCUCUCUUUCUCGACCUUUUUUUCCACUCCGCCAUUUUUUGACCCUGAUUUCAUUCCUCAAUUUGCAAUGAAGUUUUUGUAGAUGUGUGCGCAACGCCUAUUGUUGUUCAUAAUGAGGACGGAUCUCUGAUUUCCAGAUCAUCAACACCAUUAUUACUAUUAUUAUUAUUGUCAUUAUUAUUACUACUAUUUUCAUUACCAUUAUGAAUUUGAAAGCCAAGAAUUAUUCGGAAUCUUCUCUUCAUUUGAAGCGCAAAUACCACCAAUUAUUCAUCCCCUUUCAGCCCUUCUCCUCCUUCAAUUUUUCCUCUGAUCCUCGAUAUGGACUUCUUCCCUGUUCAAGACUGAAAACCUCUGUUUGAUUUUGUUUUUCACUACGAAGACUCCUUAAAUUGGAAUUGUUAGGCCUUUUUGACCCAGAGAAGAGCUGGCAGUACAAGCAGUUUAAUAAAUGGCAUUUUCUCCGCAAAAGUA